GCCAUCAUGGAUAGUGACAGCACGGCGGUAGACUUCUCCGUCGUCAAGAGUCCUCGUGGGGACACCCCACAUCCCCAUACGAAUCUCCUGGCCUCGCCCCAUCCUAUCGACAGUGCCAACCCCCUCUCGAGGGCCAUCUUUGGGUGGGCCAACGCCCUCCUUCGCGAAGGCAACCGACGCCAACUUGGCCCCGAGGACAUGUGGCCCCUCCAAGAAUCCAACAAGGCGGCGCCCUUGGCCUCCAGCUAUGCCUCUGUCUAUGUCAGCCGCGGCAAGAGCAUUCUCCGCACCUUCUUUGCCAUUUAUUGGGUCAAGCUCGUUGCCGUUGGACUCAUGCAGCUGUUCACGGUGGCCUGCGACCUCUACGGACCAGCGUACGUACUCCAAAAAGUGGUCCAGGGUGUGCAGCAGCCGGUAUUCAACCCCACCGCCACGUCGCUGCUCGUGUUGUCGCUCUACGGCAUCCAAGUCGUGAGUGCCUUCGUGAAGGCACACAUGAAGUUCACGAACGAUGUGAUCGGAGUCCAGUUCGGCUCCAGUCUCCGUUCCAUGUUGUUUGAGAAAGCGCUCAAGUUGAAUGCCAAGUCGAGGAAGGAAAAGUCCGCGGGAGACAUCGCCAACUUGUUCUCCACCGACAUUAUCAGUGUUAUGGAGUUUGCCGCCAACAUGAACCUCAUUUGGAUCGUGCCGGUGCAGAUUAGUGUCGUGUUGUACUUGUUGUACUUGCUCGUGGGGUGGUCCAUCUUUGUGGGGCUUGCGGUAGUGCUUGCGAUUCUCGCCGUGAACGCCGUCGUAGCUAUCUUCAUGGGCAAAGAGCAAUACCACAUGUACAAGGCCAAGGACAACCGCAUGAAAGUCGUCAACGAAGUGUUUGGGGCGAUCCAAAUCGUCAAGUUCAACGCGUGGGAGGAGAAGUUCCUGGCCAAGCUCACCGAGUUGCGAGUUGCGCCUCGUGGAAUGCUCGUCACGUUUUUGUUUACCACCCCCGUCUUGGUCACGAUCUCCAUCUUUGCCACGUUUGCUCUGUGGAUGGACCAGACGUUGACAGUCAAGAUUGUGUUUUCGACGCUGGCGUUGUUCAGGUCCAUGCAACAUGCACUCUACAGUUUGCCUGUUGUCAUCACGUCCACCGUGCAGUGCUUUGUGUCUGUCAAGCGCAUCAACGCUGUGCUGCUUAUGGACGAAAUCGACCCGUCCGACGUUCAGACGCCAGCCUCCAAUGCCGCGCUCAAGGCCAAGUACGCCACCGACCGCACGGUGAUGGCCAUUGACCAAGGCUCGUUUGGCUGGCACACGUCGGCUGUGGCAUCGGUCCACAAGGAUAGCGCUACGGACAAGACACCUGUCGCCCCAGAAUCCAGAGCUGACGAUGAGAAGAACGUUUCGUCUGCCCUGUUUGUCGACAUCAAUUUGACGAUUCAGCAAGGCCAAUUCGUUGUCCUCCAUGGCGCCGUGGGCCAAGGCAAGUCGUCACUUUGUGCGGCCCUGCUCGGGGAGAUGCGCAAACUGGCCGGGACGGUGUUCGUGGGCGGCGAAGUGGCGUACUUUGCCCAGCAGUCGUGGAUUCAGAACGCCACCAUCCGCGACAAUAUCCUCUUCGGGAAGCCCUUUGACGCAGCCAAGUACGCCCGCGUCGUGGAAGCAUGCGCGUUGACCAAGGACAUGGCAGGGUUGCCUGCAGGGGACCACACGGAAAUCGGCCAAAAAGGCAUUAACUUGUCGGGGGGACAGAAGGCCCGCAUCAGCUUGGCCCGGGCAUGCUACAGCGACGCCGAUAUUUUCAUUCUGGACUCGCCCUUGUCUGCCGUGGACGCCAUCGUGCAGAACGAGAUUUUCACCAAGUGUUUCCUCGGCCUGCUUCGAUACAAAACCAUCCUCUUGGUCACGCAUAGCCACGACAUCAUCCAGUCUCCCCACGUCCACCGCACGUUCCUCGUCCAAGACGGCACCGUGAUCGAGACCACGCCGCCUCGCAAUCGCGCCAACUCGCCCAAGCCCCCCUCGUCUGUCGCCCCCUUGCGUCCCCCCACGGCCUACUGGGUGGACACUACCGAGGGAACUCUUGUGGUGAACGAAGAGCGAGCCGUAGGUCGCGUGUCCAAGGCCGUCGUGGUCGAGUACAUCCGGGCGAUCGGGGGCUGGCGGUCCAUGGCCGUGAUGGUGUUUCUGACACUGGCUGUCGAAGCCAUCAAGGUCGGCAGCGACAUGUGGCUGUCCCACUGGUCCAACCAAAGCACGGCGCUGUCUCUGGCCGACUUUCGAGCCAACACAAACCACAACAUCCUCAUCUACGGCAUCCUCGUCCUCGCCACGAGUGUGGUGACGUUGAUGCAGAUCGCGUCCGUGCUCAUGUACGGUUUGCGCGGCGCGAAGAAGCUGUUUUCGGACAUGUUGCACAGUCUUCUGGAAGCCCCCAUGUCGUUCUUCGACACCAACCCCAUCGGUCGCGUGCUCAAUCGGUUUGGCGACGACAUUAUUCAAGUGGACACGGCCAUUCCGUUCUCGUCUGCACCGAUGCUUAUUGAAACAGCCGCCGUGAUAGCCAAACUCGUCACGACCAUUGUCAUCACACAAUGGAUGGGACUGCUCGUGCUGCCGCUCAUGGCGGUGUAUGGUUUGUUAGGGUCGUACUUUUUGGCCCCGUUGCGGGAAGUGAACCGCAUCCAAAAGACGACGCGGUCGCCGCUGUUGAGUUUGGUCAGCGAAGGCAUCGACGGCUCCACAACCAUCCGAGCGUUCGGGCCCAAGUACCUCCGUCACUUCAACCGUCUGCACGACAUCCUCCUGGAAGAUUUUGUGGCCGCUCGUUUCGUGGGCCUGACAGCCAACCAGUGGUUUGCGUUGCGUGUCGAGCUGAUCAGUUGCUCGAUCGUGUUUGCCCUUUUGAUGGGCAUCGUGGUCAUGCACGACGCCAUCAGUGCUGGUCUCAUUGCGCUCGUGAUUACGUACGGAUUGAGCAUUCCAGCUAAUUUGGCGGGGCUGGUCAAUAUGUGGGCGCGAAUGGAGACGGCGCUGAUCGCCCCUGAACGACUGAACGAGUACAUCCGGCUGACCAAAGAAGGCGAGCGACAUACGCCGUUGGACGAAGCGUCGACGUCGUGGCCGUCCCAAGGCCAAGUGCAGUUUGACCGCGUGAGCUACCGCUACAAACCCACGGACCCCCUCGUGUUAACAGACGUGAGUUUCACAGUCAAUGGGGGUGAAAAGGUGGGCAUCGUCGGACGGACGGGCGCGGGCAAGUCCAGCCUGAUGAUGUCGCUGUUCCGCAUGAACGACGUCGCGGCCGGCCACAUCCGCAUCGACGGCCUCGACAUCGCCGACGUGGGCCUGCAGAACCUGCGCAGCCACUUGGCCAUCAUCCCCCAGAACCCCGUCCUGUUCAAAGGCACGCUGCGCAACUACUUGGACCCGUUCGACGAGUACGACGACGAUCAGCUGUGGCUUGCGUUGAAAAAGGUGCAGCUGGCCGACCGCAUCAGCUCCGUCGCAUACAAGCUGCUGGGACCCGUGGAAGAAAACGGAGAGAACUUUAGCGUGGGCGAGCGGCAGAUGCUGUGUAUGGCCCGCGCCCUGUUGCGCCAGGCCAAGAUCGUCAUCCUGGACGAAGCCACGGCGUCCAUCGAUCACGACACCGACCAGCUCCUGCAGCAGGUCGUGCGCUCCGAGUUUGCGUCGUCCACGGUGCUCACGAUCGCCCAUCGCCUCGAUACGGUGCUGGACUGCGACCGCAUCCUCGUGUUUGACCAAGGGCAAUUGGUCCAGAACGACACACCUGCGACACUGGUUAAUGCUGGCACGGGCAUUUUCUUUGAACUCGUCACGGAAGGCGGGUAUACCUUGGACAAACAGCUCUAA